AUGCUCCAGUCCCCAUCUCUCGCCAUAUUCCAAUCCACAUCUCUCGCCAUGUUCCAGACUCCAUUCCUCGCUAUGUUUCAGUCCCCAUCCCUCGCCAUAUUCCAGUCCACAUCUCUCGCCAUAUUCCAAUCCACAUCUCUCGCCAUGUUCCAGACUCCAAUCCUCGCUGUGUUUCAGUCCCCAUCCCUCGCCAUAUUCCAGUCCCUAUCUCUCACCAUACUCCAGUCCGCAUUUCUCGCCAUAUUCCAGUCCACAUCUCUCGCCAUAUUCCAAUCCACAUCUCUCGCCAUAUUCCAGUCCACAUCUCUUGCCAUAUUCCAAUCCACAUCUCUCGCUAUGUUCCAGACUUCAUUCCUCGCUAUGUUUCAGACUCCAUCCCUCGCCAUAUUCCAGUCCCUAUCUCUCACAUACUCCAGUCUGCAUUUCUCGCCAUAUUCCAGUCCACAUCUAUCGCCAUGUUCCAGACUCCAUCCCUCGCCAUGUUCCAGUCCCCAUCCCUCGCCAUAUGCCAGUAUCUCUCGCAAUGUUCCAGUCUCCAUCUCUCGCCAUGUUCUAGUACCAAGCAGUCGCCAUAUUCCAGUCUCCAUCUCUCGCCAUGUUCCAGACUCUAUUCCUCGCUAUUUUUCAGUCCCCAUCCCUCGCCAUAUUCCAGUCCUUAUCUCUCACCAUACUCCAAUCCGCAUUUCUCGCCAUAUUCCAGUCCACAUCUCUCGCCAUAUUCCAAUCCACAUCUUUCGCCAUGUUCCAGACUCCAAUCCUCGCUGUGUUUCAGUCCCCAUCCCUCGCCAUAUUCCAGUCCCUAUCUCUCACCAUACUCCAGUCCACAUUUCUCGCCAUAUUCCAGUCCACAUCUCUUGCCAUAUUCCAAUCCACAUCUCUCGCCAUAUUCCAGUCCACAUCUCUUGCCAUAUUCCAAUCCACAUCUCUCGCUAUGUUCCAGACUUCAUUCCUCGCUAUGUUUCAGACUCCAUCCCUCGCCAUAUUCCAGUCCCUAUCUCUCACAUACUCCAGUCUGCAUUUCUCGCCAUAUUCCAGUCCACAUCUAUCGCCAUGUUCCAGACUCCAUCCCUCGCCAUGUUCCAGUCCCCAUCCCUCGCCAUAUGCCAGUAUCUCUCGCAAUGUUCCAGUCUCCAUCUCUCGCCAUGUUCUAGUACCAAGCAGUCGCCAUAUUCUAGUCUCCAUCUCUCGUCAUGUUUCAGUCUCCAUCUCCCGCCAUGUUCUAGUAUCAAGUAG